AUGGCUGCAGAGUCAAUAUCUGGAAUUUUUCUCCCAAAUUCUAAGAUUUCUUCAUCUUAUUUGCCAACAAUUCCACCAAAAGUACCAAAUACUGUUCAAGCUUAUCCAAGAUAUAUUAAAGAUGCACCUUAUACAGCCUUAUCUGGUGUCAUUGUUGAUGGUAGAGUUCCACCAAAGUUGGUUUAUCUAUCAGGUAAAUCAUUGGGCAAUAAAUACCUAAUAAAUAUGAUGUCUGUAGUAAAUCAUUUAGUAAUAUCUAAUAAAUAUGAUGUUCGUGGUAAAUCAUUGGGCAAUAGAAACCUGAUAAAUAUGAUGUCUGUUGUAAAUCAUUUAGUUAUAUCUAAUAAUUAUGAUGUUUGUGGUAAAUCAUUUAGCAAUAGAAACAUAAUAGAUAUUUUGUCUGUAGUAAAUCAUUUAGUAAUAUCUAAUAAAUAUGAUGUCUGUAGUAAUCAUUUAGCAAUAUCUAAUAAAUAUGAUGUUUGUGGUAAAUCAUUGGGCAAUAGAAACCUGAUAGAUAUGAUGUCUGUUGUAAAUCAUUUAGCAAUGUAA